ACUAGCAAGCAGGCUAUUGUCGAAGAAAAUUUUCGUUCGUCAAGAUCUAGUGCUGGUUUUUGUGUGAUUUAAUACCUUAAAUAUAUUUGCAAUAUAGUUGCACACACGUGCACAGGCAAGCAAUUGAAAGCUUAUAGGCAACUAAUAUAUUAGAAAAUAGAGCAGCAGGAUGCGUGGUCGAGGCGGAUACGUUCCACGUGGAAUUGGUGGCCCACUGCGCGGUGGGGGCGGAGGUGGUGGCGGAGGCGGCGGCUACUACAACAAUCGGAAUUCUAGCAAUUACGUGAACACACGCACCCAGGGCAAUUAUCGUCCCAACAGUGGACGCUAUGAGAACAACUAUCACAACAACAAUCAUACCAAUAAUCGCUAUUGUGGAGGUGGUGGCAAUAACAACAACACCGAUCACUAUGACAAUCGCAACAAUCGUGACAAGUUUAACAAUCAUCACAAUUCGAGCACGGGAGGUGGACGCUACGACUCCUCCGGGUCCAGUCACAAGCGCAGCUACGAUUCGUCACGCGAUCGCAACGAUGACCGCAAACGGCCGCGUCAAGACGAUUACCGUCGCACGUCCUCGUCAAAUGAUCACAACAACGAUCGCCCAUCAUCGUCAUCGCAGAACAUGGGCGGCGGCUCUUCCUCAUCGAGUUAUCAUCAACGCAACAGCAAUAACAACAACAAUGAUCGUGGUGGUGGCAUGAGCACCAGUUCGUAUCGUCCACGUGAUGAUGGCGGCAGCAUUGGUGGCGGCAGCCAGCAGCGACAUCAUCAGCGCGACUCAUCGAUGGGUCCGCCAAAGCGGCCGCUAAUCCGCAGUGUUGCCGGCACCAGUUAUAUAUCGCGACCACGCGGCUCAAUGUCGAUGCGUGGCGGCAUGAUUCGAAGCAACAACGCUGGCAUGCGCGGCGUUGGCACCAUGAGGAUUGUGCGGCCGCGCAUCAACGAAUCCAAUGAUCUGCGCACCAUGCGCCGCCAACUGCUAUAUGCACAGCAAAAAGAUCGCGCUCGCCUCCUCAAGAUUCAACAGCUGAAAAGCUCGUUGCGGCGUCAACGCCAGGGAGGGAACAGCAGCGAUAAUUCUAGCCAUGACAAUGAUGACUCUGAUAAUGCUGACAAGGAUGAUGAUGAUGAUGAUGCUGCUGAUAAGAAGAACAAGAACAAGAAGAAACAAAGCAAUGACAAUGAUGAUGGCGACGACGAUGACGACGAUGAUGAUGAGGACGAUAAGGAAGACGCUGGCGGGGAUGGGGAUGGAAAGAAGAGCAGCGAUUCAUUGAAAAAGUCGACAGGCAAAAAGCAGCGUAGCAGCAAAAUGGCAUCCUCGGAUGAUGCCGAGGCAAGCGGCAAGUCCAAUGAUGAUAAGGUCAAGGAUGAGAACGAUGACCAAGAGCACGAUGAUGAUGGCACUGGCACAUCGACUGAUGCUGACAAAAAGAAUGCCAAAGCAUCAGCGGGCUCCGAUGAUGAUGAUGAUGAGGGCAAGGUGAAGACCGAAGAUUCGGCCGAUGUCGCCGACAAGCCCAAAGAGAAGGGAGCCACCAAAUCAUCAUCGUCAGCGAGCAAUGCCGAAAAGUCGUCGAUAGGUAAGAAAAAAGACAAAGACGGCGACGACAAAGAGUCCAAGUCCAAGAAAUCGUCCAGCAACAAGAAGGCGCGCUCCUCGCGCAAAGAUAAGGACAAGGGCGACAGCGAUGAUGAGCGCAAAGAGCGACGAACAUCCUCGCGUCAUCGUGACGAUGAUCACAAUAAUCUGCGCAAGCGCACCUUCAUCAAACUCACCUGCGUACACUGCCGCAUCAAGUGCGUAACCUUUAAGGAAUAUCACUAUCAUUUGAACUCGCGCACCCAUAAGAACGCGAUGCGUACGGUCGCAUUGAGGCAGCGCGCCGACUUGCAACGGAUGCGAGCUCGUCAACGCACCACACAGCGUGAGAUCGAGGAGAAUAGCAAGGAGGAGUAUGAGUCCCGUUAUUGCCGCCUCUGCCGCUUGGCAUAUCGCCAGCCGAAGAACAUGCAUCAGGCGUCGGAGCAUCAUAAGACGAUUAAGAAAUUCUUGAUGCCAUACUGUGGCUCCUGUCAUCUGGCCUUUAAGAAUGCGAUGUUGUAUGAGAAUCAUCGCUGUUCGCUGGAGCAUAUUCGGAGUAAGGCGCGCAACGAUGAAUCCGGUUCAGAGGAUAGUGUGGAUGAGCGUGAGAUUGAUUUGAACAAAUUCCUCACCGUGGAUUCGGUGGGCGAGAUCGAUGAUGACAUCAUGGAUGCGGAUGUCGAUGCCAUGCUGUUAGAAGCCGAAACGGCUCAGAAGAGCAAUGACGAGGAGACCCGUAAGCGUGGCCUCAUCGGUAUGGACUUCAUUAAGACGGUGGAGGCAUUCUAUUGCGAACUAUGCAAUCAUCACUCGACCAAAGAGGGCGGCGACGAUACCUUGGAGGCGUACACAAAGAAGCAUUGCCUGCAACACUCGCACAUUAAGAACUAUUUGCGUCACAAGGACGAGACUGAUAAGAAAAGCAAGUCUGAGGUUGGCGACGAUGAUGAACACGAUGCCGAUGACGACGAGGCGGGCAAUAAGUCGACGAAGAAGGAUAUUGACGAGGCUGAGGCUGAGGAGGACAUCGAAAUGGAUGGCAAGGCGGAGGAGGAUGAAGACGACGAUGACGAUGCUCAAGAGUCGCACGAUGAAAAUCUGUGGGAGGAAGUGGACAAGGAUCUGGGUGAUCUCCUGGCCGACUUGGAGCCACUCCCCCACGAAGAAGAGGAGGAAGAAGAUGAAUCUGUGCUAAAUAUUGAUAUCGAAAGCGAAAAGAACAAACUUAAGGAUGUCAAGGAUGAUGCCAAUGGCAGUGCCGAUGAGUCUACAAAGGAAACCAAACCCUCAACGGCUGGCGGCAAAGGAGCUGAUAAAAAGGCAGCUGUGGCAGCAACAACACCCACCAAGUCAGCAGCAGUUGGCAAACAGGAGCCACCAACAACAACAACCCCAGCCAAGAAACCAGCAACGGCCAAAGCUGCAGCAGCCAGCAAGGCCACCAGUCGACCCGGACCGGCGUCGACGAAACGACAAGUCUUGGUCAAUGGAAAACGCACCCCAGCUGCGAUAAUCAAGGCGGCCACCAAGACGACAGCCGCCGACUCCAACUGAACCCGACUCUGCCACAACAACAACAACAACCCAUUCACCACGCGUCUUAGAUGAUGAUAAUACUAACUGCAACUGGCCAAAACCAGUGAAUUGGUUGCAACAGCAGCAAAUAAAAAAAAACAAAACUCGUACAAAAAAAGUUACAACUUUUACAUGCGGACAUUUUCUGGAUACAAAAAGCAUAAGCAAAACCACCUGUGCCUCUGCAAAUCGAGAGCACUUUUUUGUUGAGCCUUUCUAAAGUUGAAAACUUGCCAUCAAAAACAAUGAAACAGCGAAAAUUUAUUUAUCUGCCAAUUUGUGCAGGGCAGGGCACUUUAGAGAGUUUAGAAAAAUGGGCAGCUAUUUAAUUUGAU